ACGAGUUAACUGACACUCCGGUAUCGGAGAUACGAUGGCGUCAACGAUGUUCAGGAGGAGAUACUUCGUUUCGCUACUUCGCCGAUCAUUUUCCGACGACGCUUCAUCCGAAAUCGCGAGGAUCCUCAACAAGGCGGCGAACUGGCGCGACGCCUUGGAAUCGGCGGAGAUAAACCCCGACGUCGUUCUCUCCGUCUUGCGAUCAAAGCGCGUCGACGAUCCAGCCAAGCUCCUGAGUUUCUUCGAUUGGAUCGAUUCUCAGAAGGUCACGGAGCAGAGACUCGAUUCGUUUUCGUUUCUCGCUUUAGGUUUGUGUAGAUUCGGUAGUUUAAGGGAAUCUCGUAGUGUUGUGGUGAGGAUGAUCGAUAGGGAGUGGCCUGUAGGUGAGGUUUUGAGCUCUGUUGCGAAGUGUUCGAGAGAGUUGAGUGAUAAUGGAGGAGGAGGAGGUGUAUAUGGGAUUUUGAUUGAUGUGUAUGUUGAGAGAGGUUGUUUAGAUGAAGCUGUGUUUGUGAUUUUAAACAGUAAGGAUUUGGUUGUUGAUUUGUCAAGAUUUAAUCGUUUGUUGGAUGUGUUUUUGAAGAGGAAUCGGUUGGAUUUGUUUUGGGAAGUGUAUAAUGAGAUGGCUGAGAGGAAGGUAGUGUUUGAUGUGGAGACUUAUGAGAAGUUGAUUGUUGCUCAUUGCAGAGGUGGGAAUGUGGAGUUGGCGAAAGGUGUUCUUGUUGAAGUGGAAGAGAAGUUUGGGAUGGGGAGUGUGACUGCGUAUGGUUUGGUAAUCGAAGGGUUGUGUAGAAAGGGAGGUUUGGAUGAAGCUGUUGAGGUGAAGAAGAGGAUGAUUUGCAGAGGGUUGGUGCCGUCGAAGAAGUUGUUUGAUAUGCUUGUAGGUGGGAUGUGUAAGGGGAAGAGAGUAGAUGAUGCUAAAGCGUUGGUGGUAGAGAUGAAUAGCUUUGGUGUGUUUCCUGAUAAUUUUACUUACAGUGUACUGAUUGAGGGUUUAUUGAAGGGGAGGGAUGCAGAGGCUGCUAAUGGACUAGUACAUGAGAUGGUUUCUCUUGGGAUGAACGUUGAUCCUAAGAUUUAUGAUUCUUUUAUUUGUGUGAUGUCAAAGGAAGGAGCGAUGGAGAAGGCAAAGGCUCUUUUCGAUGGGAUGAUUGCGUCUGGAGUGACACCAGGUGCUCGAGCUUUUGCUAGUUUGGUUGAGGGAUACGUGCAAGGAAAGAAUGCACUUAUGGGUUAUGAGUUACUUGUUGAAAUGAAAAAGAGGAACAUUGUCAUAUCUCCAUAUACUUAUGGUGCAGCGGUGAAAGGCAUGUGUUCUUGUGGGGAUCUUGAUGGAGCUUAUAACAUUGUGAAGGAUAUGGGUGCAAGCGGCUGCAGGCCCAAUGUGGUUAUAUACACAACAUUGAUCAAAACUUUUCUCCAGAAAAGUAGGUUUGGAGAUGCAGUGAGGUCGCUUAAAGAAAUGAAGGAACAGGGGAUCGCACCAGACACGUUUUGCUACAAUUCCCUUAUAAUUGGCCUUUCAAAGGCCAAAAGGAUGGACGAAGCAAGAUCUUAUCUAGUUGAAAUGGUUCAGAACGGAUUAAAACCUGAUGCGUUCACAUACGGGGCUUUUAUCAGUGGAUAUAUAGAGGCAGGGGAAUUCGCAUCCGCAGAGAAAUAUGUAAAAGAGAUGCUGGAAUGUGGUGUGGUUCCAAAUAAGGUCUUGUGCACGGGUCUGAUCAGUGAGUAUUGCAAAAAAGGAAAAGUAAUUGAGGCUUGUUCAGCAUUCAGAUCCAUGAUUGAGCAAGGGAUUCCAGGGGAUGCUAAAACAUACACUGUUCUUAUGAAUGGUCUCGUGAAAAACGGUAAAGUAAAUGAUGCGGAGGAGAUUUUCAAGGAUAUGCGUGGAAAGGGUAUAGCACCUGAUGUAUUCUCUUACGGUACACUUAUUGAUGGGUUUUCUAAGUUGGGAAAUAUGGAAACGGCUUCUCGUAUUUUUGAUGAGAUGGUUCAAGAGGGCGUGACUCCUAAUGUCAUCAUAUACAACAUGCUGCUUGGUGGCUUCUGCAGGUCUGGUGAAAUCGAAAGAGCUAAGGAGAUUUUUAACGGAAUGUCAGGAAAAGGUUUUCCCCCUAAUGCAGUGACAUACUGUACAAUCAUAGAUGGGUGUUGCAAAUAUGGGGAUCUAGAAGAGGCCUUUCGGUUAUUUGACGAGAUGAAAGUAAAGGGAUUAGUUCCCGACAGUUUUGUGUAUACGACACUUGUGGAUGGGUGUUGCAGAUGGAACGAUGUGGAAAGAGCUAUAACAAUCUUCGAGUCAAAAGAGAUGGGUUGUGUUUCUUCUACAGCCCCUUUCAAUGCUUUGAUCAACUGGGUUUUGAAGUUUGGAAAAGCAGAACUAAAAGAAAAACUGAGAAAAAUGGUGAUGGAUGGGUCGCUUGAUAAGCAUGGCAAGGCCAAUGAUGUAACAUACAACAUCAUGAUAGAUUAUUUAUGCAGGGAAGGAAAUUUAGAAGCUGGAAAAGAUCUUUUGCAAGACAUGAAGAAGGCAAACCUGAUGCCUAGUGUUGUAACUUACACAUCUCUUCUAAACGGGUAUGAUAAAAUGGGUAGAAGAUCUGAAAUGUUUGCUGUAUUCGACGAGGCUAUCGCCUCAGGAAUUGAGCCAGACAGCAUAAUGUAUAGUGUCGUCAUUACUGCUUUUCUGAAAGAAGGGAUGAAGACAAAAGCACUUGCUUUCGUGGAUGAAAUGUUUGCUAAGAACGCUGUUUUGGACGGGUGUAAGCUAAGUAUGUCAACAUGUCGGGCUCUACUCUCUGGUUUUGCUAAAGUGGGAGGAAUGGAGGCAGCUGAGAAGGUUAUGGAGAAUAUGAUUAGACUCAAAUAUGUUCCGGAGUCUUCGAGUGUCACUGAGUUGAUUAAUGAGGGUAUUUCCUCAAACGAAAGGAUGGAAGCAGAUGCUGCUCCAUAGAUUUAAGAUGGGAAGCCAAAAGCAGAUAAAUUACUUCCUUGUUCUUUGUAUAAACGAGACGGCUGGUUUACGGCAAAUUCUUGAUCGACUUGAAAUUUCCAGAAGGUGUUGCCUCAACCUAAGGCAAGCUGGUUGGGCAUGAUAUGUCAUUGUUUAUUUGUUAAGUUACCGUUGAGAACUUUGCAUGGAAGAGCCUAUGUCUGCUCAGAAACUCUUCAUUUAGUUCAGAAUGGAUUUGCCUUCACAUAGUCAUCAUUGAUGACACUCUGAAGUUGAUGAUGAUAAGAGACGCAUCGGAGCUGUUAAACUGCAAUUUCCUCCAUUUCUUAGAGAAGAGGGAUCAUGUCACAAAAUCUGCAUUUUCAGUUUUUUUUUCAAGAUGUACUAAAUGUUACAUUGAUGAAUUGAGAAUACAGUUUUUGGUUUAAGAAUUGGUGAACAAAGAACAUUCUGUAAACACAGGACCUGGUCCAAAUUCCA